AUGAAUGAUGGAAGGUUACAAGCUGGGUCAGAAGCUUCCAAAAGAAGGAUAUAUGCUCCCAACGAGGUGAAUAAUUCUCAGACGGGUUCAAAUCUCAAAUACGAUGUUCAGACUAAUAAAGAGAAUAGAACGCUCUGCCU